AUGCGGUGUUUCAUUUUGAGUGUGUUCUGCACCAUCUUGUUGCUGGGAACGAUCUCAUCGGCUUGGCCAUGGCGGCCCUAUGGAGAACUCCCGGGUAACUCCUUGGAUAAGCGAGCAGAUACCACAGAGACAACGACCGCUGAAACCUCCGAAUCUACCACGGAUGCCUCCACUGUCUCCAAGACUUCUACCGGAACCACCACCGGAACUACCACCGGCACAAACACCGACACAAACAGCGACACAAGUACAGACACAAAAACAGGCAAGACAACAGGCACUGCAACCGAUUCUGAUACGACCGGCACAACAACUGGCACGAAGACGGGAAAAUCCAAGACUACCACUACCACCUCCAUCUCCAUUGACCCAGCUGCCGCUGCUGGCGGCGUGUCCAUGAUCACUCCCGCUUCUUCGUCCACGACCUACUACAAGAUCGGCCAGGAUGUGACAUUUGUAUGGAACUAUACUUCUUUGUCGGUCACGCCGUCUGCGGUCAACGUCGUGGCUUCGUGCAGUCUCAACUCGAUGACAUAUACGCUCAGCUCCAACAUGAGCGUAAAGCAAACCGGAAGCCUUGUGUGGGAUACUGGAAAAUAUCAGUCAUCGGCUACUAUUCCGUUGCUUACCGCAUCGUAUACUCUGAUCAUCUACGAUGCCAGCAAGAAAAUUAGCGACACCGCGAGUGCCGGAUACUUGAGCUCGCAGAAUGGUGGUUACAUCUUCGGGAUGUACACACCCCAGUCUUACACCCCACUCAAUGAAUUCAAGUGCGCCACCUGCAGCGGCGCUCUGUCCGAAACCAGUCGUCUCGCUAUCAAAUUCACCGUCGGCAUGGCCGUGAUCACCUUCGCUUCGUUCACCUGGUUUGCGGGCAGUGCUGGUGUCCUGACCACUUGA